GGUUUCAUGCAAUCACCUUUGCACCGCUGCCACAUUUGUGGCAAUCAAGGGUCUUUACGUUGUGCUCGUUGCAAGAAGACAACAUACUGCUCCCCGGUGUGCCAGACGCAAGACUGGAAGGACCACAAACAUAUUUGUGUGCCCACUGACCCACAGCCCGCAAGGGAGAAGCCCAAUCAGACCGCUGCUUCGGCAACGUUGGCAAGCAAUACCGCCCAUCCGGAUUCAAAGUCGGCAGAUGCAAUGGCCCCCCGCAGGGUUUACUUGAAGGACUUGCAUCCCAUCAAGCUUGAUAACGGAGCUGAUAUUCAGGCGGCCGUGGUGGAGUUCUGCAACCCUGGCAGAUUUUUCCUCCGUGUCCAAAUCCCCGAGCUGCUACAGACUCUGCAAAUGAUCAGCAGCCAGCUCCAGAAGACCCCCAGCUGUCCCACUGCGGCCCCUCCAUAUGUCCCCUGCGUCGGAGAGGUGUGCGCUGCACAGUUCUCCGACGACCUGGUGUGGUACCGAGGCUUGGUCCAGGAGUUGGCGGCUGACAAAAAAUCGGCUAACAUGCUUUACAUAGACUUUGGGAAUGAGGAGGACGUCCCUGUGGAGAGGAUGAGGCCGCUGCCUGCUGACCUGGAGCUGUUUUAUCCUUGCGCAAUGGAGUGUCGCGUUGCCGGCGUGGAACCGCUGAAUGGCAGCUGGUCCGCCGAGUGCUGCUCAGCCGUCACUGCGCUUCUGGCCGGCAAGAUACUGACUGUGCAGCUGGUGGAAACACUGACAAAUGUUCACUCACGAGCCGUGGACAUCGAGCUUCCCACGGGAAAACGUCUGAGCUCAGUUCUCAUCGAUGGUGGUUUUGCCAAAAAAGCCGAUGAAGAUACAAACGCCAUCUUGAGCGCCGCCAUGGAAACCAACGAGCGUCAAUCUCAAGGGAAGGACGACAACGUGUGGGCUCAGCCACCCGAGCCCCUCACGCAGGCCGUGGGGGACUCCUUCUCCGCCAUGUUGACACACUUCUUCUCGCCCAAUCACAUAACUGUGCAGAAGUUGGACAAUGCCGGUGACAUUCGAGAGUUGCAGCUGAAUUUGAGGCAGCAUUGCAGUCAGAUAGCCGCAUCCCAAAACUUUCAACCUGCGCCCGGCUCUGUCUGCUGCGCCCAGUUCUCAGUGGACCAGCAGUGGUACCGGGCCAAAGUGCUGGCGUACACGUCGGAGGAGCGCAUCUGCGUGGGCUACAUUGACUACGGCAACUCUGAGGAUGUGCAUAUCAGCUGCUUGAGACCCAUAAGCUCUUCGCUGCUCGCCUUGCCCGUGCAGGCCAUUCCCUGCGCUCUGGCGGGGAUCCAGCCUAUUGGCGAGACCUGGUCCGAGAAAGCCCUGUUGGCCCUGCAGCGGAAGGCGUCCAACAGAAUCCUGGACGUAGAGAUUAAAGGGUCGCACAAGGGCAAAGCUCUGGUCGACAUGGUCGACUGCUCCAGCGACGUCCAGUGCAACAUCGCCGAGCUGCUCGUCUCCGCCGGGUACGCCUCGCUUGCUCCCGUGAAGGCUGACGAUGGUGAACGGGCUGCUGCAGAACCACCCGCGCCGCUGCCUUUGUCGUGGUCCUCGGUUCAGCUACCCGCCGACAACCUGUCAGUGACGCUGUUGGUAGUUAUCGUCAACAACCCCGGAGAGUUUUUCUGCCACAUUGACAACCCGGCUGACACACAGCGAUUGAUGGAUCUCCAAGCUGAGCUAAAGCAACAUUGUGAGGCGGAUGAGACGGAUUUCAAACCAAAAGUGGGGGAGCCUUGCUGCGCCAUGUUUCCAGGUGGCUACUGGUACCGUGCGAUGGUCAACGCUCAGUCUGACGACACGGUGGCUGUGGAUUUUGUGGACUACGGUUACAGCAUGCAAGUGGAACGGAGGAACCUUCGCUCCAUCACGCCUCCGCUCCUCCAGCUGCCCUUCCAGGCUAUUCGCUGCUUCCUCUCGGGCGUGGAGCCCAUCAAUUGUGAUUGGAGCAGCGAAGCCAUCUCGUGGUUCCGCUCGGAAGUGGAAGGCCAGAAGCUCUCCGCGCGCACCAUCUCCAUCACAGAACGGGGCUCCGGCGUCGAGCUGCAGUGCAAAGGCCGCAGCAUCGCAGUCGAUCUGGUCACAAAUCUCUUUGCCAGAUAUCCCGGCGAAAUUCCCGCAGAGGCACAGACGCGCCCCAAAAUUCACAGCGCACCAAGUCCUUCGGCCGAGCAGACGGAGAGAAGCGAUACUCCUCGGCCGGAAAUGCCCCCUGCUGUGGAAAUGAUGGUGGAAAAACCAGCGGAGGCAACUGCAAGCCCCGAGGAGACCGCCCAAAGCCCACAGCAGAUCCAAAACUCGGCAGACGAGCUCCAGAAAAAUGCCCCGAUCUCUGCACAUUGCUGCUCGAGUGCGGAGCCACAGAUUCAGCGUUUGGAGUUGAGGGUGGAGCGUUUGGAGAGAUUGAUGGAGCUGCUUUUCUCCUCUUUGACGCAGUUUAGCGAACGUUUGCAGCUUUAA